CCUGCUGAGGGACUGCUCGGCCAGCGCGGAAACCCUGACCAGUGUUCUCGACGAGUGGCCCUCAUGGAGCCGUUCUGGGCUCCUCAAAAUGGGCGACCCCGAAACAUUCACCUUUGUGACUAGGGACUUAAAGUUACACACAGCAGUCCUUAAUUACCCACACAUAGAGACUGUGCUCUGUCUCAGCAAAACCUGUGCAAAGAUGUCGAUUGCUGCACUCCGGAGCUCGCCGAGCCUGCCUGCGGUCCGCCAUGGCCGCAAGGCUGUGCGCGUGCACGCUGCUGCGGACAACCAGCUGCUGAAGAAGCCUGAGCUCAAACGUGAUGGCCAGGAGCAGAAGCGGUUGUUUGGCGACGCCAGCGACGCUUCUUCGCCUGCGUCCACUGGGGCCGUGACCGUGGAGUACCAGCGCCAGCGUGCCAAGGAGAUGCGCCAAUACUUUAUCGACCUCCGGACUGAGGAGUUGAGGGGCAAGACCCAGGCUUUCGGGUGGACGCCCAAGAACGAGAUUUCCAACGGGCGCUGGGUGAUGUUUGGCCUGCUUGUUGGCAUGCUGACUGAGUACGCAACGGGCGUCGACUUCAUUAACCAGCUCAAGCUGAUGGUGUCCUACCUGGGCAUCGUGGACCUGGACUAAAGCAGCAGGCGAGCAACCUGCAGCAGCGGCCUAUGGAGCGACUUGGACGUAGAAGGCUUGCGAUGGGCCGUCAGGAGUUUAGAGGUACUGACAGGGGUAGGGGUUAAUGGGGUCCAGGCUUGGGUUUAAGCCUGAUAGCCAGUUGACUUGCUGGUUGGUGGCGAGGCGUGCAGCUAGCAGCUGCACUGAAGGCUGGGUAGGGAGCCUUGCAGGAGGGAUGCGGUCGUGCAUCGUUUUUUAUCGUGUGGUCGUGUGCCGUGUAGUGUCUGGUAAUGUGUUCAGAAAGUGACAAGCAGCAGUGACAGCCGCGUUGCUGGGAUGGCUACUCCCGCGCAUCAAUUUUGGCUUCAGUUUAGGUAGGGAAAUGCUCGAGAGAAGAUGUUUUUGGGCGGCCGAUUGUGCCCCGGUUGGGUGACCAUGACCAAAAUUGAUAUGACGCUGUCGGCAUGCUGCCACACCCGUGCAACUUGCACUGACCUGACGGAUGUCCAAGGCGGUAUCUGCCCUAUGCGGGCUGGCGUUUUAACGCACUAUGAACACAACUGUACAACAUGUCCUUUU